UAUUUUUUUUAAUUGCAGUAACAUUGAAUUAUAACAAUAUAUAGCUUUCAGAUGUACAUCGCAGAGACUGAAUUUGUAAAAUUUGGUGUAAAUACAGACUCCAUGGUAAACAAACAAACAAACAAACACACACCUCUAACUGGCCCACUGGAAUCAGGUGCCUAUUCUGGGUCCAAUCAAACUGUGUGACCUUCAGAGUCACCUUGCGGCAGCCCCGGACUAGCACAGUUUGCCUGUGCUCCUUAUCCAUUUUUCUUCUGUUUAUUUUCUUGUCAAGAGCUCUCUAAACAUUAAGGCUCCUAACCAUUUACACAAAAUGUUACAAAUAUUUUUCCCAAUUUACUUGCCCCCCAAACUUCGUUUUUAUACUGAAAUUCUUUCAGUGUAGUCAAAUUUUUCAAACCUUUCCCUAUGACUGCUCCAUUUGAAAUUGUGCUUAGAAGGCCUCCCCAUUCCCAGAAUUAUAUAUUCACGUAUAUUUUCUUCCAAUUCUUUACUUUUGGUCCUGACUGACUUCUGUCUUCCGUGUAUGAUGUAAGAGACAGAUUCCUUUUUCAUAGAGCUAACAAGUUUUCGCUGUACCACUUACUCAUCUCCACCCUUUUUAAAAUCACAUCCUACAUAGGCACUUAACAUUGCCGUUGCUUUUUAUUCACUCAUUCAUUCAAUAAUUCAUUUUGGUGAUUAUAUUGCUCCACACUCAUCAUUAGGGAAAAAGAAUUUUCCACCAAAUCCAAGAAACAUCAUUUCGGGUGUCUGAAACCAUAAACAAUUAUAGGGGGAAAGUUUUUAGCUUUUAAAUUAAGGUACUAUCACACAACUGUUUUUAGCUGACAAUAAACAUCAAAAUACCUACAAAAUUGCUUUAACUGAGCGAUGAGCCAAAUGAAGGAGGGGAGGGAGUACCGUAUGAUUUAGUUUAAUUAUCUACUAAUCAAAAAGAAAAGAAAAAUAAUAGACAAGAAACUACACGAGAACUAUCAGUUGACUUCCCCAGGCUCCUUUCAGAGAACAGUUGUCCUCUUCUUUUUUUUCAAAUAGUUAUUCAAAAUUUCUGUUUUUCCCUCAGGGGACAGGAGCGCUGUUUUCACACAGAUCGUCACUCAGCGGAGGGUCUUCCACGAAGGGGCGGCGCUCGAGGGGCGCGUCGCCCCCCAGGAGGGCGGACGGCUCCACGCAGCGCCCACGCGGAACGGGCCGUGCUGACUCGGAGUCUCCUGUCCCCGCGCACGUCCGGGCCCGCGCCGGGGACGUUCGAGGACCCUCGGAGCCCUGACGGUGCCCGCGCUUCAGCUCUUAGCACUCUCAGCGAUCUCCUGCUUGCUCUCCGCCUUCCGAGUGGCCAGCUCGGCAGCCACACUGCGAAAGGGAGACGGACUGUCACCCGGGCUUCAGAGCCGACGAAGCCGCGACUCGAGGAGUCACAAAGUGCCCCGGAUCAGCUCUCCCCGCAGACACCUCUCGCACACGGUGGCGCCUCAGGAAGCCGCGCCCAGGCGGCAAGGUGCAGUCAGAGAGGACACGGCGGCGGCCACACACACGGCGACCCCGCGCCGGGCGCUCCCGGCCUCUCGGCGGGCGUGACAGGCGGGCUCGCUGCGAGCGAGGCUGCAGAGCCAGCACCCUAGGAGUUCCAAAGGCCGCAAAGUAAACGUGUUAAGAACUAGAACGACGCCGCCAGUCAACACCUCGCAGAUGAGGCGCGGCAAAACCCUCCGCCAGGCGUAGCUCCGGACCGCCAAGCCCCUCCCGGCGUCCUUUGCGCCGCGCACGGGAACGCUCUGGCGCGCAGUGGCCGCUUCGGCCGCCGUCGGGCCUGAGUUGCUAUGGAAACGCGGCUGCCUUCACCAUGUCGUUGCAGCAGGCCCCUCCGUCGCGGGUGUUCGUGGAGCUGGUACCCUGGGCUGAGCGGGGCCGGGAGGACAAUCUGGUCUCCGGCGGAGAGACGCAGCCUGGCCUCCGCCGCGCCCUGCCCUCCGCACAGGCCCAGACUGCGGCCCGCGAGGUGCACGUCAGCGGCGCCGCGGAGGUGUCGGCGGGCCCCGACCGGGCGCAGGUGGCGGUGCGAGUGAGCAGCGCCAAGGAGGCGGCGGCCGAGGCCAAGAAGAGCGUUGGCCGCCGCCUGGACUACAUCACUCAGAGCCUCCAGCAGCAGGGUGUGCAGGCAGAAAAUGUAACAGUGACAAAGGAUUUUAGAAGAGUGGAAAAUGCUUAUCACAUGGAAGCAGAGGAGGACGUUUCUGUUUCAGCCACUCUUCGGGACCCCCGGUUUCAACAUGGCAGCCAACAGUCGCUCCCAGUUAGCCACGUCACUCGCAUAGGGUCACCAGUCCCACCUCAAAAUGAACAAAUGCUGGCUUUGGUCUUCAAAUGCACACUUCUGUUUCUCCAAAGCUUAGCUUUCUCAGAAAAGAAGUCCGUGGCUAUGCAACAACAUGCAGUUUGUUGUCUCAACUCGUCUCUUCAACUGUGUCAGAACGUACAUGCAUUUUAAGCUUACUGGAUCAGCUCUCAGGGGUCUUUGCCCUUCACCUCCUGUCCCCACUGAGGGUGACGAUCACUGUGCCACACGUUCCUCACCAGGAGGGCAGACGCACUGCUCAGGGGAAGGCGUUUUUGACAUUCUGACUGCAGCCACUACAUAACUGCAUCUAAUAAAGUCGGUUAACUGGUAACUUUUAAUAAAGAGAUGCUUAAAUUGAAUUUGUUUCCAUUAG